ACCCUCCAGACCGGCCACCGCUCCGGAGCGAGCCCGGACCCUCCCUCCGCCUGGAGUUGCAGUUCGUCUCCGAUCCCCUUGGGAUUUAAACCUUCUUGCAUAUAUAUAUAUAUUUUUUUUUCCCUUCCUCCUUCUCCUCCUCUCUUUUUCUCCCGUGCAAAGUGGAGCAGGAACUGCACCAAGGCAGCCCGCGAGAUCCUGCAACACUGCUCCGAUUUAAUUCCCUGCUAUUAUUCCUAAUUAAUUAUUAUUUUUGACCUCGCCCCCACCCCCCUCCGCCGGGGAGGGAAGCGGGACCAUUCUCGACAAGAGAAAACAUUUCGCUCCGUAUCUAUAAUAAAGAUUUUUGAUUUUUCCCCUUUCCGAGGAGGGGCCGGGUGGAGGGCAGGCACGGCAGGGGGGGGCCGGCCCUCGGCGGAGAGCGCAGCCCCGCGGUCCCGGCGCGGAGCGCGGCCGCGGCGGCGGGGGGAGGCGGCCCCAGCGCCGCCCGCGAGAGGGGGGCAGCCGCCCCAGACAGGUGAUGGGCGUUUCGGCUGCGCUCCGGAUCGACUCCUUGGGUUUCACUUUGGUCUGAUCUAAGCAAAUAUGCAGAAGUACCGGCUGGUCUAGUCCUAAGAGCCAAGAGGAGCGAGCGAGAGCGGCAGAAGGGAGAGCAGCCACGCUCCCGUAGCGAGGGGAACGUACAAACAGCGGCCGCGCCGUCAUUAAGCCACCGCCGCCCCGGGCAGCCCCGACCCACCCCUGGAUGCGGAGGACCCCGAGCCACCCCGCUGCCUUUCCCCUGAGGGAUGGUACUGAAUUUCUGCGCGGCAGGAGCCGGCCUGCAGCUCCUCUCCAUCAGCGUUGCCUUCCCUCCGUGUCUAAAGUGCACUAGACCGCGAUGAGGACCUGGGCUUGCGUUUUGCUGAUAGGUUUUGGCUACCUGUCCUUUACCUUCUCCGAGGAGGCCGAGAUCCCGCAGGAGCUCAUCGAGCGGCUGGCGCACAGCGAGAUCCACAGCAUCCGCGACUUGCAGCGCCUCCUGGAGAUUGACUCCGUAGGAUACGAUGAUGUUUCAGAAACAAACUUGAGGUCCUAUAGUGUUCAUUCUGCUAAACAUGUGCAAGAGAAUCGUCCUGUGCCCAUUCGCAGAAAAAGAAGCAUUGAGGAAGCCAUCCCGGCUGUCUGCAAGACACGGACGGUCAUCUACGAGAUACCUCGGAGUCAGAUCGAUCCCACCUCGGCCAACUUCCUGAUAUGGCCGCCCUGCGUGGAGGUGAAGCGCUGCACUGGCUGCUGCAACACCAGCAGUGUGAAAUGCCAGCCAUCCCGGAUACACCACAGGAGUGUCAAGGUGGCAAAAGUGGAAUAUGUUAGAAAAAAGCCAAAAUUAAAAGAAGUUCUGGUGAGAUUAGAAGAGCAUAUGGAAUGCACCUGUACAUCAUCAAAUACUAAUUCAGAUUAUAGAGAAGAAGAAACUGGCGAGACCGAGGCAUGGAGAAAAGACUGUGCAAGGUCAUACAGCAAAGCUGUGGCAGAACCAGGGAUAGGACUCAGAUCUGAGUGCUCAUCCAGUGCCCUAAAUCACACGACCAUCUUCCCUUUCCAAGAAUGAAUCCUUGCACCCUUAGAGCUAAAUACUGAAAAGAUUGAGGGUAAGUCAUUUUGCCUAAUUACUGUGCAUCGGAUACAUGAUCAAAAGCCACUGCCAUAUCGUCAGAGAACGUAGUGACUGAUGAAAAUCCAUCUUUCUGCCCAUGCAAUUAAGCAGCCUUUUAUCCUAUCAUGAGCUAGUCAUUUCCUUCUUCUCAAAGGAGUCAGCCUUUCGUGACUUACAGUGAAAAUUAUGCACAUAGAACAAGACUCAGAUUUUAUGGGAAUUUACAAAAAUUCAGUAGACAAUUUUUAUUCCUUCCUUUUAUGGUGUGGGUAACAUUUCCUAAGGGAACUGUUUUUAUCACGGGCCCAAUCUUAAAUUUUUUUUCCCAGACCUUAACGUGGAAAAGCACUUUAGGAGAUGGCCUCUGUUUGCUCUUCAAACUAAGCAUGCUCCUAGCUUUGGACAAACAUCCCACUGACCUCAGGCAAAUGGAGCAGAGUUGAUGCUUUCUUAUUUUUAAGUAGGGUGUGCCUUCCUGACACAGGCUCCCAGCUGUGGGUUGGGGGUCUUCAUGCUCACAGAGAGUUGACAUAUGUUGUAAGAAACCUUAAAGAUGAAGUACCCAGAGUAGAACAUACAACUAGGAAGACAGCUGGGAGAGUUCCACUCUCUUCUGCUCCCAUGGAAGCUGCCAUUUUGAACUACAUACUUGUUCUUUUUGGGGAAAAUACUUUCUUGGCAUGGGGUGGAUUCAGGACUGCAGUCACUAAUGCCAGGGAGCCCACUUAAGGUUAUCUGUUUGGGUACCUCAGAGAAUAUAAUUUGAAAACUCACAGUUGUACCUGAUAACAGACAAAUCUGAGAUGGGAAAACAUUAAUGGGAGCAAAUUCCAGGUGAAAUUUGGCAACUUUAGUUUAGGAAAAAGAAUUAAUGAAAAGGUAGAAUAAACAAGAUCAAAAGCUCAGUCAUUCUUUUUGCAGUUGUGGUGUGUCACCUGUCCCUUUAGUCACUCUAAAUAUUUACUGCAUCAGGCUGAAGUAUGUGCUGAAGUAGCUCAGAAUCACUACAACAUGUAAAAAGUUACUGCUGGUUCUUGUUGAACUGCUGCCUAUUAUCAUGGCAUAUGACUGUGAGGUGGGGCCUGCAAUCAGAGCUGUAAAUCAAAGAACAAGUCAUAGGUUAGGUUCUGUUUUCCUUAGAUAUUGUCUCUAAGUUUGUUUUCUCUAUGUUAGUCUCGAGUGACGUUUGGUGAGCUUUCCAAAUAGGUUUAAAGUCACGAAUACCUAGUUCCCAACCUGAAAGUAAGGAAGUGCUAACUCUUGGUGUUGUUCAUAAUCAAUAGAUGAAAUUCUGGACAUGUUCUAGUGGUAGAAUUUCUGUCACUAAAAGUUUCAGUGUCGCAUUUUUCCGCUGUUAACUUCUUCUUUAGAGGGGAAUGCAGUCACUGUUAUAUUUGACUCAAUAGCAGGCCAUCAAAUCUGACUUGGUUUGAGUUUUGAGUAACUCAGAAUUUCCAUUUGGACCGAUGCUUGUGCAUGCUAGUUGUCUUCCAGGAACUUAGAUAAAAAUACACGAGGACAGACUCACUUGUGUGCUUCAAAAGAAAAGAAAUUCACAUAUGAAGGCUGGAGUGGUCCCUCAAACCAGAAAAUAAGAAGCCGAAUUUGUAACAAGUGUUACAUGCUCAUCUUCAGAUCAGACUUAGUUUUUUGGCCUCUAUAUACUGUCUUUGAUCUUGCAAAAUGAAGACAACUGGUUUAACUGUCCAUCUUUGAAACUGAGGGUGGCUGAUAAGAUCAGGGAUGCAAAAAGCAAAAGCACCCAGUGAUGCAGUUAAGCUCUUAGUGCUUGAAAUCCCGUGGGGAUUUUGAAAACUUACUGAUUCUGGAAAGCAAUCACAAAUAAAUAGAAGAAAAGCAUUUUAAACACUACUGAAAAUCCCACCCUGGAUUAUUUGCCAGGUGAAAAAAGAAUCCAAAAAAGAGACUACUUAUAAUGAUCGUUCAGUGACAAAGUAGAUAUUCAUGGAGAGUGCUCAUGCUUAAAUCUCUCGGCAGUUAAUUAUCAUCUUUACAGACCAUAAUACUGAAAUACUUCACUUAUCAUCAAUACAUCAGGGCUUGGAUGAACUUUGAGACGCAUGAAAAUGAGACACUCCUUAGGCUUAUGGUAGCUCUGUGUUCUAGUAACUGAUCAACCCAUUACAUAAUUGGUCAGAUCACUAACUUGCAUAAAUAGAUAGAACUCCAUUGACUUCACUGGAGGUGACAGUUACCUGAGAAUUGACCCGAAACUCUUGCCACAAAGCAGAUAAUGGUUUCAUAUUUUGCUGUUUAGUGUUGUAAAAAUAGAAUCAUUUCCUGGAGGAGUUAAAACAAGAAAGUAGGGAAAAGCAAUUUCCCACAGAGACUCAUCCACACUGGAAUUCACCAAAGUCCCCGGAUGUGAACAUGUGCUUUUAGAAAACAAAAACAGCAACUUUGUUUAGGGAAGCCUCUGACCUGUCAAAAAUGCAGAGCAUUUCUUACUAGACUUUUCCUUGGCAAUUAGCGGGUAGAAUUACUCAUAGAAAUUGUUUUGUUUGCUCACAAGGGGAGAAGUAAGACAUAAAUUCAAGAUAGCUCCCAUUUGACCACAAGAAAAAAGACUGUUCACAGAGGGCCUGUGGGUGAAGUGCUGAGCGGCCUCAGCUCCCUUUGGGGAUGAACUCAAAUUUUUAGACCUCAGUGAAGUAUGAAGAGCCCCUCCACACUUGCUGGGCAUCCCUAGCUGUAAUUUUUUCAGCAGUUUAAGGGAUUUGGCAUCCAAUUUUAAUUCGUUCUUAUGUGACUUUCAGGAAACUUUUGUUGCCUUCAGAAUGUCUCUAUUCCAAAGAGAGACUGAUUUCAACCCAGUGAUGUGACCAUACCUUCCAUCUCUAGGUAGCAGCACUCAAACCUUAGAUUUGUUUAUUGUUGUUUGGGGUGCUUCCCAGCAGUGACCUUUCAAGUGCCCCAUUCACUGCUGGAGCAGCCUGGCUGUUCAGGUGGGGAGUUCUCUUCACUCCAUUAUCUUUUCCUUAGCACUUUGGCUUUAGAUGUGUUUUCUGUAUAAAGGUGGUGCUGGUUUAAACUGAAGACCAGGGAAGUUUCAAGUGGCCAGAUUUUGUGCUGUGGGCCCUGUUCUGCUGCUGCUGGGUCUCUUUCCCAGCUGUGUCAGCUGUGUGAGGCCAGAGGAGGAGAGAGAGAUGCUCCAGCACUUCGAGGAAGUGGGCUGAGGGCUCUAUGCUCACACACUCGGAACUGAAGACAUUUCUUGGUCCAAACUUGUAUCCAUUUGUUGUGAAGAGGCUGCUGGCCCAUCCAAAAUGGUUAGGCUAUGCCUGCAUGGCUGAUGGGGUUUUGGGACCUUGCAGCUGGGGUUAGCAAGUGCAAAUGUUUCCCAUUAGCUCCCUGCAUACCCUGCGUUGUGAUUCAUCAAGAGAGACAGUGGAAAGCUGAACUUGAGACAUGAGAUGUUUCUUUGAAGUUACUCGUGGUUAAAGUUAGGCAUGACCUGAGCUGGCUUCCUAAGCUGAGCCCCUGAAGAGCCCACUGAGUCUCUUCCUCCCAUGCAUAGACCGGAGUGGUGCUGUUUCAGAAGGAUCUGAAACCUUUCAGUAAACCAUUUUGUAGUAACAAGGGAAAACUUUAACUAUUCAGUGGCUUCCUACCAGCAAGCUCAGCUACACUAGAGAGCCCAUAGCAAUGCUUGCCCUCUCUGGGCCUCUUAAGGUAUAUUCCUGCCUUAUUUUCUGUAGCAUGUUCCUUUUUUUAAGUGAGAAAACUAUCUUAAAAUGGGACCUUAAAAAGGUGGGAAAUUAAGUAGAUCAUAUCAUCUUGAUUCCUUUAUCUCACUUAAUUAAGGAGAAGUUUGCCCAUAGUGAUCUGGUAUUUCCUAAAACAAGCAUACAUGAAGAACACUUUGAGGAACUUCAAAAGAAUUUUCAGGCUAGAUCAGGAAAAGAUAAAACCAGAAGUGGAAACUUCUAAUACACUUUAUGGCUCAUUACUUACAGGAAGUACAUUGUUACAUAGGAUACUAAUGAAUUCUGCAGGAUGAGGUUUCCAAAAGAAAAAUAAAAUGGCACCUUCUCUAUCUUAGAGGAAAGGUCUGAGAGCUUUUGCAAUUAUGACAGAUAUGCAGUGGAUAUGUAUGGUCAUAUCACCUGGAUGGAGUCUAUCUCUGGGAAAAGGCUAUUUAGAGUUUCAAGUGUGUACACUAUUGAAUUUCUGCAGCAACUUCCUGGUCUAGCUGUUAAAAGUGAUAAAGGGAAUGGUAAAAGUCUAUGUUGUUUUCAGUUGCUCUGUUCUACACCCCAGAGGGCAGAAGUGCUGCCCUGUGUAUGGCUGGCAGUGAGCAGGGUGGCAGGAACACAAACUUGGGUGACUAAGGGUGAACGUGUAAAGUUGAUGCUGAUGUUCCCAAUCAGGUAGUGAGGCCAGCAAAAUGGACACUCAGAUUUUCCAGUGACACUUGUCUGGAAAAUUAUUAUUUGGCAGAGCCUUAAUUAACUGAAAUGGACAGGUAAUUGUAAAAUCCUGAUUUUGGAAUCCCCAGCUACUGGGUUUACUGUUAGUGAGUUAAUGCUGCUCAGAGGUGUUGUGGUAUGGGAAUAUUUAACAUUUGUAAAGCACACAGAAAUCCUAAGGACAGCAGGUAACAGUUUUCUACUGUCUGAAGAGCUCCGUGGUGUAAGGAGGCCCCUCGAUGGUGCCUCGAGAGCUGGGGGGUUGUGCCCCAGGCUCAGCUCAUGGUUUCAAGUCCAGACGUGCUGUCCCCAGGUCAGCAGCACCUGGAGCUGGGUGCACCUCUGUCACAUGCAGUUAUUGCACACAUGCUGGUUACCUUGUGUUCUCCACCACGGGGGAUGUGUCCACCUGCCAGCUCCUGUAUUUCACUCAGGUUGUAAGGAUAGCUUUGCUUUAUGUAUGAACAUAUUUUAGGUGGCAGAGCAUUUCCAUCAGGACUGAAGCACAUGGGCAGUGAAGCUUGAACAUUUUUUCCCUGUGUGCAGGCAAGAUAUUUAAAUAUGGGGUUAGUUGCUCUUUGUAUCUUCAGGGCCCCAGAUACUUCUAAACAUGUGGUCACUGGAAGGCUGUCUUGCUAAAAAUCCAGAGGCCUUUGCCCUUGUGAAAGUUUCUACUCUUGCUUGAAAAGUGAGAUUUGGACUCCUGAGUCUCAGAGAUGCUUUUGCAAGUGUUGUAUCUGUCUUUCUGCUUUUCUAUAAAUCAGCUUGCUUGGCCUGAACUGGAUGUUUAAAUAAUAAACAGCUGAAGGACAGUCUGAUCACUUCUUUCUGAGCGUUUCCCAUGGGGAGCGCUUGGGGUCACAUGGCAUCUGCUCUGACCUUAAGGACCUGCUUUCUGGAGGCUUUUUUACGAUGCUGACAAACCUCACAUUUUAACUAGCUGUUAAAUAAGCCGGUCAGUGGUAACUAUUCAGGAUAGGGAUUAGAAGAGUAUUCUUGCUAGGAUACAAGAUGGCUCUGUCCAUGUGCUGGCCAGGGAUGAAGGGCUGGAAAACUGUGUGGUGGAAGAGACUAUUAAUGUGAUUUUCCACAACUUUCCUUGCAGCUGCAUUUUUGAGAGGAGAGAGAGAGAUGGCUAGGCUUGCAGUAACAUGUUGUGCCGUCAUAAAUGCUACAGCCACCAUCUGUUUCCAGCCCACGACUUGAAAGAAAACUGAGCAGUAAUCUCAUAAUUCACAUGAGCAUUUUACACUUCUGAACCCUUCCCAACCUUUGUCUAAUAAUGAGGGGAGUGCAUGGUGCUAAGUUUUAUUUUUUUUCCUGCACUUAUUAGUGUUUAUUUUUAUGUGUCUUUCUCUUUUGUUGUUUCUGUUUUUUUUUUUUCAUAAAAAAAAUUUCACUGGGAGGAAAAUCAGACCAGUUCCAUGGACAAAAGAAACAUAAUGAGGGCAAAAUCCCAGUUUCAUUGAUCUUGCUGACAGAAUUCUCCAGGAGUAGGUGUAUUUAAUAUUCCUCACUGUGUCUGCCUUAUUUACUUGUUGAUUAAAGGAAAGACAGUAGAAAGUGAAGAGGCAGGUUGCUGAACUGCCCUUUCCCUGCAGAAACAGAACUGCUAGAAUAGCUGGACAUGCGCAUUUUUAAAACCAAGCCGUCAGAGAGGAUGGUAAUGGUGGGUUGGAUUUUAAUGAAAACAAAUUCUUCUGCUAAUCUUUGCUUGGGGCUGGCCCUCCACAGGAUUAAGGAUACCACCUGCUGUGCCAAAGACAUGCUCAGGUUCGAGGCUGCUGGUGGGUGGGAAGAACACAAACAUCUGAGAGCGACUCUGGUGAGGGAUCACAGUCUGUCCUGUUGUAGUGCCCUCAGGGAAGCCAAAGAGUUGAGAUCAUUUAGUUGAUGGAAAUACUGCUCCCCUCCAGCCUGCAAAGCAAGGAUAGCAUCAUUAAGGAUUUCUGUUUGGCUGUUCUGCAAAACCAAGGGCUGCUGUUUCUCUAGGCCUCCUCUCGUCUUUGGAUCCGGUUUGCUCACCUCCUCCAACCACAGCCGGACCGGCUGAAUGAACUCCUGCUCUCCUCUGGCCUUAGGAACAAUGGCUUUCAUCAUCCCCACCAGACUGCAGAGCACUUUAAGGAUGAAAGGGCUUCUCAUUUCAUAUAUCUCACUGCUGCUAGAACUAUAAAUCAUCAAUGGACUGAAUUUAUAGCCAACUGCUACUGCAAGCGAGUGAAAUUUAUUUUGUGUUGUCAUAUGUAUGGUCCAACUGUCCAAGAAGUUGCCAAACAAAGAACUGAGCUGCUGAUGGGCAACCCACUCAAUCUAUUCUCAUUUUAUUUAAAAAUAAUAAAUAACUAUCAAUCAAAGGAACUUAUUUUGACAUGUGCUACCUGUUGGGUGAUCCUCAGUAUCUUUGGGAUGUGUCCAUAAAUGGAAGAAAACUGCCAGCUGUUGCCAGGUCCAGCAGAUAUUACAUGGAUUUCCACCAAGAAAAUCACUGGGGUUGAGAGCAGAUUAAGGACUUUCUCUUUUUUUAACACUACUUGCUGUUCUGAGAGUGUUUGGCCAGGUAGCAAGUGUGCACAGAGGUCACAUCCAGCCACGCUGACCUCUGCUUGAAUCAAUGACAAAUCUGCAUUGACCUGUAUACAGCAGUGGUCCUUCUUCUGCCUCACAGUUUGAUGACAGGUGGAUUUUUGGUGGAUUUCUGGGAUCUGGAAAGCUGGCCUGUGUCUAUCUUGGUGCCUUGUGAUGGUGACGAGCUAAAAAGGAGAUAGUAGAAACUCUUCAAGCUGCUGGGGUCUGAAUCACAUAUUUCUGUAUGAUUUUCUUACAGAGCGAACAAGCCUGAAAGGUCAUUUUUGUGUUUUACCCAGGCCCAUUAAUUACAGCUGGGGGUGUUGGGAGCUGCCUUUCCCCUCCUUGCUCCUGCUGUCCUGCCCAAUUCAAUCCCUGCAGCCUCCCAGCCCCUUGUCUGCGGUUUAUGGCCACAUCUGGAGUGUCUCCCUGCACACGUGCUGGUAGGAGCCUCCUCCCUGCCAGCACACACAUUGUGGCUUUUUGGUGUCCGUGGGGUUCUAGGCAUCUUUCCCAACACUUGUUUUUGCCUGAGAGGGAAAGAGAGAAGGGGCACGGGAAGGGCAGUGGCAGAGAAGGCCUCUGACAUGAAAUUCCCAGGAACAGGAUUUGCACAUUUUAUGACCGUUCAGAUGGAAAUGCAAUGGAGCUGAAUUAUUCCUCCUUAAUCCUGCUUUCUCACUUUUCUCCCAGCAGCCUCUUCCCCUCCAGUUUAGGUAAUACAGAAGCUUAUAAACAAAUCCCCCCGCGUGAAAAAUAGCAAAGCCCGGGGGGAAAAAAAAGGACCUGGGUUAGGGCUGUGAUGGAUAGACAGGUGGAAGGCAGGCACCAGAAGGGAGGAUGAAUGGUAAAAGCCUUUGAUGGAAACACUAAAGAGCUAUUGAAAAUCCAAGGGGUAGGGGGAGGGAGGAGAAAGAAUAGCAGGAGGAGGGAAAGCAAGGGAGCCGUGCCCCCGUCCCCCCGCCCUCUUUCUCAGGAUGUUGAAAGUAUUUGUCCUUCGUUACAAAAUGAUUGAACUGCCGCCAGGCCAGGCCACCCUUCCAGCCAUUGCACUGGGAAACUGGCACUUCUGAAAGCCUCGUCGCCUCUCAAAUUUUAUAGCUUUCCCUUUUUUUUGUGGGAGUUUUUGUGUUGUGCUAUUUGCAGGAUUGUUUUCAGAUUUGCCGCAUAUCAAAGAAACUAUAUUUUGUUGCUCUGACAAACACAGAAUCCAGGUAAUGAAAAGAAGAAUUAAAAAAUAAAGGCCCAUUUUUAUCAGAA